AUGUCUCCAGCUUCAGUAUUUCAAUUCGUCACCUUAGUCUCAACUAUACCAACAAAUGUAGUACCUCUCUUCACCAGUAGAACAGACAAACUGGUGAAUGGUUCAAUUUCUGCUACUGGUACGAAAGUCACUUUGAAUGAUAAAAAUUUAGUUCAAACAUCGGAAUCUCGCACAAAAGAUCAAGUUGAUACUAUACAUAAAAUCGUAAAUGGUUCUGCAAUGGAACAAAUCCAGAUUAACGGUAAUAAAGAUUCUGUAGAAAGUGUUAUUGAAACACUUGACAAAACAAGUACCAUAACUUCCCAGGCAAAAGAGUUAUAUUCGAAUCUGUUUUACACGGAAGCAGCAUUUUUAUACACAACCACAAACAGUCCCACAGAAUCAAAAGUAACAUCUUUGCUUACAAGUACCAAAACUACAAUAUCUUUUAACGAAGCAAUUACAAAAAAAAAUGACGCUGUAGAUGAACAAAUAAACGAAACUCAUACUAGACCUUUAAAUUUGUCCACUGAAAAGAAUAUGCGCGAAGAAAGAACUUCUACUAUUGAAAAUAAUACGGUGAUGAAGUAUUAUCAUACAAAACAAAACGAUUAUACUCUAAAAAAUCUGGAGUUUGAUAUGGAAGAAACGCUUUUUAAUGAAAUUGAAAAAGAGGAAUCUGCUGAAAACAAUAAAAGAAUGAAAGAAAAUUUAAAUAAAAAAACAUUCGAAAAUGACCCUAAAACAACACUACGAAACAGUAUUAAUCAACUUCAUGUAACUACUAAACCUAAUUUAGAAACCAGCACUCAUAAACCUUUUGUAAGCACUAUAUUAUCGAGUAGAGAUGAAUCAGUUAGUCUUGAUGUUGAAAAAAAUAAUUCAGUGGAAAUGUUGAUAAUAUCAACGUUACCUUCUUUACCCGAGAGAAUGCCACCAACGGAAGACAUAGUAACAAAAAAUAAUUUAAUAAAAUUUCCCAUAACGCUAAACGACAAUGUUGCAAAUGGAUUAUUUGUUUCACAAAUUUCAGACAGAUCUAAACUGGUGACAGACACACUAGACCAUCUUAAAACAACUAUCCAUGACUCAGAAAACAUUCUUACUAAUGAAGUAGACAACACUACAAAUGAUAUAGCAGCUUCAAAUUUAGGGCAUAGAAACGCUAACAUACAAAAACCAAGUUUAGGCAUUCACAGCAAAAACCAAGGAGAAAAUGAUGAAAAUAUUAUUAAUCAAGAGAAAGAAAUUGGUGGCAGAGAGCCUUUUAUACAAAACAUGACAGUAAAUAAUCUACAAACUAAAUUACCCCAACAAACACACCAAACGCUUCAAAAGUUUUUAUUAUUUAUUAAAAACUUACAAAACACACAAAUAAAUGGAUCAAAUUUUUACGCUGAAGGAUACACAGAAAAAAUCAAAUUAGACUUAAUUUCCACUUUUUUGCCGUCAUUGGCUCAAGACAAUUCCAAAGUAAAUGAAGUAACGACAUUGAAAAACGACAAAACUACGUCAUAUUACGAUUUCAUUCAACAAAAUAGUGAUCCCAAUGCAGAACUAGGUGGUAGACCAAAUAAUCUCGAGUUCCCAAAAUUCCAAGGUCAAGAAGGUGAAGAGAUGAAUGUAUUAUCUAUGUUACCUGUAAAAGAAACAACAGAAUUGACAAACAAACAUAUUACGCUAAAAGACGAUAUUGAACAAGAAAGUAGUAUCAAAUUAGAACUACAAAGUGAAGAAAAUAUAUUAGAGCACAUCGGAUCCAAAUACCAAGAAAGUAAAACGCCGAUUAAUGGACUUACCGUUAUUUCAGAAAAGAAUUCCUUAACCACAAUUGAAAAUAACUUAUUUGGAACGGAAACUUCGAAGUAUCCUAUAACAAUCAAUCCCAAUAUAAAUAAAGUAAUACAGUGGCCAAAAGAAAGAGGACGAGCAAAGAAACACAAGGAACAAUUUGGUGAUACAAAAGAAGAAACAGAAAGUAAAGAUAUUAAAUCAAAAAACACGGAAUUAAAAGAUCAAGAAAAUGACACUGCAUAUACUAAAUUUACAUUAAUUCCACUAAUUACUACUAGCGGUACGUCAGCAAAGUUGGAAGAAAAUUUAUCCCAAGUAAAAACUUCCAAUUCUCCGCAAUAUAUCUCUGAGAAUUUGAAGAGAAACAAAAUGUCUGCAAUGAGAAACAAAUUAGCUAUACUUAAGAAUAGUAAUAAAAUGAAGUUAGAAAUUGAAACUACCGAAAAACAAUAUGAAUAUACAAACUCAAAUGGACAAAUAAACGAAACACUACUGACUUUAAAUACUUCGACUCUAGAAGACAUUAAAGCAGAAAUAAAUCUUGAGGACAACGGCAUAACCACAUUGGCAAAUAAAAAGGAACAGGCUACGCUAAAGUUUUACUUUGAACAUAACAAUGAAACUAAGAUGGACUUUAAAGCUAAAGAAAAUAAAUUUGAGUUUACAAACUUAAAAGAUCAAGACCAAAAACCAUAUACUUUAUCUACCAUUAUAUCGAAAGAAAUUAAUACCGUAGUAAAUUUUGAAGUAAAUGAAACAGACACACUUAAUAACGAUUCUUUAGCUACUUUAAAAGAUUAUAAUGAACAAAAUAGAGGAACCAAGGUAGAACGAGGAGAUAAAAAAAAUGAAUCCAAAAACACGAAUUCGAAAAACCUGAAAAGUGAAACAAUGGAUAAAAUAUCGACCACUUUUGCUAAAAAUAUUACAGCUGGUAUAUCAGCCAAUCUAGUAAAUAAAUUAUCUAAAACAGAAAGUACUACAAAUGUAGCGAAACCGAUAGAUGUACCCAAUAAUGAUGAAUUUAUGCUUCCUCUUCAAGCAACCAAAGAUAUUCUACAUGCCUUAUCUACCUCAACUUCACAAGAAAUUAAAUUUGAAGUCAAUUAUUUGAAUGAAUUCACUACAUCGAACAACGAUACAACUGAACCAAAGGAUUAUACUGAACAGGAAAAUAAAUCUGAGCAAACAGAGUUGAGUAAAAUGGAAAUUACCACAUGGAGAAAUGAAAACAAAGAAUUUACGCUUGAGGACCAUAUUACACAAGAUUAUGCAACCAAGACAGAAUUAGAGGCUAAAGAGAAUGAGUCCAAUUACAAAGAGCUUAAAAACCAAGAAAAUGAAAAAUGGACUCUGACAUUUGCGUCAAGUGCAAAAAAAAAUACAGCUGAAGUAAUGAAAAACUUAUCUAAAAUAGAAACUAGAACAUAUGUAACACCUAAAGGGACAUAUUUACCGAAUAACUAUAAAUUCACUCUACCUGUUGCGGUGACAGAAGAUAUACUGUAUGGUUUGUAUACCUCAACACAAGAAGAAAUUAAAAAGGAAAUCUAUUCCGGAGCAAAUGAAAUUAUCACUCUGAGACACGAAGACAACACUAUUUCUCCAGAAUAUCGUAUUAAAAACGAUAAUGAAAUCAUGGUCAAACAAGAAGCUAAAAAAAAUAUGUCUACAGAAUAUACAAAGUUGCAAAACCAAGAAAGUGGAAAAGACAAUGAGACACCAAUUUCUACUGCAAAAGAGACAACAGCAAGUAUAUUAGCCAAGGUAAUGAAAUAUCCAUCUACAAUAGAAACUGGAAUAAAUAUCACAGAUGUACCUUACUAUGAUAAAUUUACAUAUCAACUUGCAGUUACAGAGGAUGUUAUUAAUGCCUUAUCUACCUUGAAUCAACAAGAUAUGUUAGAAGUCAAUACUGAAGAAAAUGUAAUUAACACAUUGUCAGUUAUUCUAAAAGAUCAGGUAGAACAAAAGAAAUCAGAGUUAAAAAUCCAAGAAAAUGAAAUGCUAAAUUCAAUGUCCUCAUUUGUACAGGAAGAAAUAAAAACGGAAAAUAAAUUCGAAGUAAAUAAAAUGACCACCAUGGUAAAUGAAGUGCCUGUCCAACAAGAUCAAAUUGAACAAAAUCAUGGAAAUAACACAUCCAAGAAUAUAGAGUAUAAAAACCGACUAGAUGAAAGACCACAAGCAAUUUCUACCUCUAUUUUUAAUGAGAUGACUAAUACACUAGCUACUUUAGUAGACGAUAUACAUAAAACACAAACUACAACAGAUGUAAAUGAAUAUUCAUCUACAAGGAUAUAUAAUUCAGACGUGGUAAAUAAUGCUGACAUUACUCUACCGCUUUCAGUAACAGAAGAUACAUUUACAUCGAAAAUAAUGGAAAAAGUGACAAACAUCAAAAUGACAUCAGAUAUUGAACAUGUUGAUCAAGGAAAUGUGCUAAAUAAUCCUGGCUUUGCAAACAAUAAUGAAGUAAAUAAUAUUAAAAUGUUUCCGAAACCAAAAUAUGUUAUUCUAGGUGACUUCACAGUAGUUGUAAGAAUAAAACCAACACUGUCAAUAGAUAUUGAAAAUAAAAAAGAACGAAAUAUAGGAAGCUUCACUCUGGAUUACAGCAAACAAAAUCACGAAACUUUUAAAAGUGUAACAAAAGAACCUAUUCGUGAAGGUAAUGUAAACAAUAUAGACGUAAAUUCAAACUUUUUUAAUGACGAAAAUGCUCGAAUUAGUUCCAACUCAUUAAACAGUGACGAUAAUAACGUAUUUAAGCCAGCAAGAAUAGAAGAAGUUGUAACAACGACCGAUUUUGGUAGUGAAGAUGGUAAAUUUAAAAAUAUGUUGACAACAGGCUUACACGAAACACUACCAAAGACAAUUGAGGACAAAAAUAAUAUUAAUAAAAAAACUAUUAACAUUAUUUUAAUGGAUGGUUCUGUGUCAAAUAAUAUCGUGUCAUUAAACGCUGAAACUGCCGUUGAUAAAAUUUCAUCAACUAAAUCCUUAUUGUUAGGAAAGAAAAACACGGAAAGCCCUAUAAAUAGAGAAGAAAAUAUAUUGAGUAUUAAAGCUACUACUACCGAAAAACAACAUUUUAUGAGGAAAACAGUUCCACAGAAAAUUUCUAAAGAAGCCUUCAGCAAUCUUAUUACUGAUCCACGAAUAGUGGAAGAUUACCAUGGAACGGUACCAGUUACAGUGAACAUUCCUUCAAGGGGUACAGAAAAAUCAACACUACUAAAUCUAGGUGAAGAGACUAUAAAUUAUGUAGAAAGUGAGAAGGAGUCAUUUACAAUUACAUUACCUAAACCCCUAUUUGAAAAAGUAAAAAUGAUGGGACAUUUAACGUAUGAACCACGUGCAGAUUUAAACGAAAAACACUUCACAAAUGCAGAAGAUAAACAUGUCAUUACUAAUGGCUUUUUAAAAAUGGCUAACACAAAUGUUGACUUUGAAAGUACUAUGAAAAAAUAUAAUGUGUCAAUAUCUGCCCUUAAGCAAAACACUGACCAUAAAAACGGUAUAAAUGAAAAAGAAAAUAUUUUCACAGACACCUUAAAGCCGACAGAAAAAAUAUUGCUUCAAGAUACUGAUACUCACGAUAUUCAAAAAAAUAUUGUAAUUAAGAAAUCAAACACAACAAGAAUGAAAUAUCCAACUUUAAUCUAUUCUCCAGAAAGUUAUUUAGAUCAUCGCUUAAAUAUAGAAAAUAGCAAUUUGGGAUCUAACCAUGAUAGUUUAGCAUCGGAAACAAAUGAUUCAUUGCAAAAAAAAUAUUCAAACGAAGCCAAUGAAGUACUGUCUGAGCUGUCUGCGGUUUUGAACUCGAAUUGCAACAGUACAAAUAAGGUCCUACCGUCGGAAAUAUGCUAUACAAAUAUUUUGGCGAGCAUUGAGCAUGGCAAUAACAAUCUUUCGAGCGAUGAUCCAGAGAUUGCAACAUCAAGACACAUAAACGUUCCUGAAGGCAAAGCAUUAACAACCUCGGAAGCGGAAAAUACAUCCUCCGUAUCACAAAAGACAUCACCUAUUACAAAAAAGAUAAUGUCAAAAGGUUUUGCAAAUCCAACCCAAUCAGACUCUCAUAUCACCGAAGUUAAAAUAUCAAAUUUAACUACAUAUGCUAAACAAAUGGAUCCAAAUAAAAAAAGUAGCCAACAUGACACGUAUAAAACUGGACAUAGCGAACCAUUACACUUAACGGUACUUGACAAAAUUUCACCUGUAAAUUCGGAAAAUACUAAAGACGAUGAUUUUAAAAAAGCAAUCGUAAUUGCAAGUGCUUUUAAGAAUAUGGAUAUUUUACUUAGAAAGUCGGGAGAAAGUGUGUCCCAUCAAGAAAAAACUAAAUCGUUAAAUGCUGAAUCCAGUCCAAUGAAAGUAGAGUCUCUAACAAGGAUACUAGCAAAUAAAGCACCGAAAAAUAGGUAUAAUGCCGCGGUAGUGGCAAAUAACACAAAUAGUUCACUGGGUCUAAAUGACAGCAAAAUUUAUUAUAUUCCGUUCAUGUCUAAUGCCGCUUUCAAUAAACCAACUUCAGAAACUUAUUUGAAUAUAACGGAUUACAUGGCCAAUGCAAUGAAACAAGAACAAGUUUCAGCAAACUUAAAAAUCGAAAAUGAAACCAACAAUAACUUAAAUACAGAAAAAAGCUUACGUCCAAAAGACAACAAAAUUCAAUCAAUAUCUUUUACACUUAAUUCAAACAUGAAACCACAAAGUUACAAAAUUAACGAAAACUUGUAUGAUCCUACUGACCCAACCCGAAUUGCAUCUAUUAAAGAACACAAAGCAUUUGAUGGCAAUGACAAAAUAGUAAAUAUUAAACCAGUGGAGAAUGAUGUGGUAUCGAAAACAAAAGCAUUUGAAGAUGUUACUUUCAUUAAGACAAAAGAAAAUAAUAACAUGACAGAAUCUCUAACGACCUUCGACAAAACAUUUAAUAAUUCUGCAUUAGAAUUUACAGACGCAAAUCCAUCGUCAUCUCCGGUGAAAUAUGAAAGAGUAAAAAUUGACAAUGAUACAGACUUUCAAGAGAAAAGAGAUUUUCUAAAUAACAUUAAUAAAAGCGAUGAUAGUAUUAAUUUGAAACGUAAUAAAUUUAUGAGUAUGGAUGAGAUAACGCCGUCCACUAUUCAAAUAUCAACGAUUAUUACCAAAAACAUAUCUGAAUCUUCAGAAAAUUACGCUGCUUCGAGGGCUAUUAAUUUAAAAACAUCAGUUCUCGUAAAUAAAAUCACAAGGGCUUUACCUAAAGAUGAAGAAUUGGACCAUUAUGGGUCCAAAGCCAUAACACACGAAAAUGACCCCCUAAAUUUGAAUAAUAUUCUUAUUGAAAAUGAGAGUACUAAAAGUAAAUACGUUACUCUUGUUCUAUCUUAUGGAUACUCUCCACAACUUUUUACAAAAUCAAUAUCAUCAAAAGAAUUAAAAGAAGCUGUAACAAGUCCAGUACCAAAAGCAGAGAUUAAACAAUUUUUCAUUACGCCUGAUAAGAUUUCAAGAGGUAGUGUUUACUUUCCUGCACCUACUAAAGCUGCACAUGAAGUCACAAAAACACCUAUAAAUGCUGAAACCGGAGAACCUUACUUACUUCGAACGGAUAUUCAAAAUCUUUGGAAUUCACUUCAAGAUAUGACAGAUAAAAGCGCCGAACGUACCGUUAAUACAAUUCAAACAAACCAGCCAGUAAGUAACGUGGGAACUGUUAAGACUCUAUUGCAUACUGGCAAAUUACCUUCACCCACGACUGAGUUAGAUGUUAAUUAUCACUUGAGAGCAUCCAGUACUAAGGAUUUCAAAUUGAGUCAGCAAUCGUAUACACAAAUACCAGAAUACUUAGGUAAUUAUGAAACUGUCAAGCAUUUACUUACAAAUGCAGAGGUAAUACAAAAUUCAAGUAAAACACAAAUAAACUCAUUAAUAAGAAAACCAGUCCAUAAUAUAACUCAAGUGAAUACAACCUACAAACCCUUGUUACGUACAGGAUUAGACUGGUAUACAACUAAACUAAACAGACAAACUUUCGAUACUGAGUCUGAAAAACGAAAUGAUUAUUCAUCUAUAUAUAACUAUAAGUCUAACUUAACAAAACAUAUUAAUGAGAGUUCUACCUCUGGAGGAAACAUAGAAGGGUACGUUGUCUCAAAAUUACAUUUAGUGCCAGAAAUCAUGGAAAGAGUCACCCACAACGAUAGUGUGGCAUCAAUGAUGCCCGGGAAAGAAGAAACUAUGUUAAUACAAAGAUUAUACUCAAAAGAUAUGAAUAACGGUAAACCAGAUAUGUACAAUACGCUCACUAAUGCAUAUUCCACUGCCAAAAAGGAUAAAGAAAGUAUAAAAAAUAGUACUCCCAUGGAACAAAGUUUUGUAGAUGAUAACAAAUAUGAACACUAUGUAUUAGCAACCAAUAUGCUAAGAUUUUUUUUACAAGCAACACAUUCAUAUUCCAAUAUUCGACCACCAACUACUACAGUACGUAGCACUGUGGAAAGUAUUUCGUAUUCUACACUAUCAGACGAAACUGUUACGAGAAGUACGAAAAAAAUCAAGAGACACCGAAAUACUAAACAUCCAAAAACUAAUGCCAAUACGACGACAGGACCGCGAAGGACAACGAUCAGAAAGAAACGUCGUCGUACCAGAAAAAGAAUUGUCUACAAUACAUAUGAGCCAACAAUGUACGAAGAUCUAGAGAUGGCUUACACAAAGGAACUUCGGAAAAAAGUCACACAGGUAGAGCCAACUCGGGCAAAUGGUGAAGAGGAAUUCGGUGAAUUAUUGAAAUCUUCAGAUCAUGUACACAUUGGUGAUGUCACUGCGAUUCUGCCAUGGCCAGUAUAUUUCCCAACUCCCAGUACUACUCGGCAACUCAACGUCAGAGGAAAAUUAGAACUUUCUCACAUAUUAAGGCAGCCAAAGCGAAAGAAUGCAGACAGUACUUCAAAUAAAUCGAUGAACACAGUUGGAAAUAUGAAUAUGAAAGUAAAGCCAAGACCAACACGGCUACGUGUUUUUAGCGCUUUGUACAAAAACCACAUGGAUACAACAGAAAGAAUGACAAGUUUGCCAGGACCUCGUAUUGACAGUGUACCAGUAACUGUUUCCAUGUUGGGCCCAAAAUCUACACAUUUAGUUAAAUUCAAUCAUUAUGAGACGGUUACUACAGUGGAGCCUACCAGAUUAUUGAAGGAUGAAAUACAUAAUAAUAUGAAAACAAUUCCAGUACAACCAAUACAAAUUAUUUUCCAUAAAAGCUCUGUUCGCAAUGCGUUCACAAGUACACUACUUCCGCCAGAAACACCAAAACCAAGAAAAUUUAUUUAUCGAUUGGCAACGCGAAAGCCAGAGAGAAAACUUACAUUCUACCAAGGAUUCGGAAAAAUAUAUGAAAAACCUACACAUUUUCCCAUGUUUGGAGAUAUAUAUAUGCGCACCGCCGACACUACAAAGAAUGUAAAGAGCCCGACGAUUCAUAACAAUAUUACUAAGGCUGCUAGAAAUGAGAACAAAAUGGCCGAGGACAAAAUUACUGCUUUUAUGAAAGCCACUCGUGCCAGUAAUAUGAAAAUUCUUUUGUUCCGUAAAAAUGAUCCCAAGGUCAGCAAAAUAAAUCAGUUUCAAACUAAGAAAAUAAUGACAGACAUAACGUAUUCUCCAUAUGUAAAACGGGGUCCAACAGCAACAUUUGCAGCCAAACGAUUUCAGCUUAGUAAAAAGAAAAAAAUCAAAAUGGGUGUGAGCGGAAAGAAACCUUUAAGGACUAAGUUUGCGCCCAGUAAUGUCGAGGUUGAAAGUGCAAUUGACACAAAUGUAGAUUUCGCUAAAAAAGACCACAUUUCAUUAAAUUCACAAAAAAAGUCAGACGUAAUUAAAAAAGUGAUAAAUAAAUCUCAAAGAAUUAAGGGAAUACUUAUGGACCCUUUAGAUCCCAGCUAUAAAACUAUGUUACUUCCCGAAAAAGUAAUACCAAAAUUCAAAGUAAAAAAGGUACACUACAGUGUAGUUGAAAAGAAUUUAUUGGCGACGAACCGGAAAGAGUUAUUAUUCAAUAAUAUGAUGACCACUGCAAGGAUAAAUUUCUUUGAUGAGUUAGCAGCUAGAAAUAACAUCCAAACUUACACAGUCCAUAGUGCGAAACCUUUACUGUCAAGGCAAAUAUUGCUGCGGCCCAAAUUCGCAAAUAUUGACAACGUAGUCAGAAUAACACAAAUGCCACCAUUUGAGACUACGAAGAAAUAUACACACUCCAAAUUAAACGCAAUUGACUUCUUCGAGCAACACAAACCUGCCGUGUUGAAUUUGUUGCAAAACAAAAAGGAAUUCAGAGCUUUAGCACCAAGCACGUGGGAUAAUAAUGUGAAUGUUUUGGAAAAGCCCCACUACUUUCCAAUAAUGAAUGGAAUCAAUUCGGAGAGCAAAUAUAGAAUGCCAACUAGGGGGUUUCUAGUUCCUGAAGGGAAAUACUUUCUGGAGUCGUCAAUGGAAUCGUUCAGAGAAGCAGCAAUGGCAAUGCCUUCUCCAGCACCUACACGUUACCAAAUGCACUAUGUGACACCGUUGAAGCCUCGGCGUUCGCGACGAACCAUAUACUUUCUUAGCCCGACAGCGUCUUACAUACAAUAUUUUAAGUGAUUUUGUAAUACGUAGCAAUAAAACUAUU